UUGAAGUUGGGAUUGAAUAACUUAACUCGAUUGCUAUGAAGAUAUGUGUUGUUAGAUAUAUCACUCUUGAAUUUUGAUUGUUCAAUACAAACUCUGUGGGUUGUUGAUGGUAUACUGAUCAAGACUCUUGUAGAGAUGAUUUGGGAAGUGUUUAAUUCUUACUUGUAGACUUGGGUUGUUGAAAUCAUAGUUUGCAUAGUGUCAAAUUUUUGUUAUUUAAGAGUCCAUGAGUAGUUUAAAAUUUGUUUGUUAUUACUGUUGUUAUUUUUAUAUCCCACGCAUGUUUGAGUUUGAAGGUUGAUUUGGGAUGGAUAAUCUGUUACUUAGAGUUUAUAUUUUAAUUUUUUUUUUCCCGAUGAGUAUUGUAUGGAUUUAUGAUUUAACUCAAGGGUGUUCAAGAUAUGAAGACGGGAAAAUUAUGGCCAUUUUUCUCCUAGGUGGUAUCAAACUAUAAUAUCAUUGAUGGAAUUUGUUUUUAUCUCUAUAGUGAUAAAUUAAAUUAAGGUCCAUUUGUUAACCUUUUGGUUCAAAAUUAUGUUGGUUUUCUUACAAGCCAUUUACCACAGUUUCACUUUCCUAACUAAACACUUGAAUUCUUAGCCGAAUUCCAAUAACAAGAACAAGUUGCUAAAAAUUAUUUUUUUAAUUUUCAAAACUUGACUUGGUGUUUGAAAACACUCCUAGAAAGUAGGUAACAAAAAAAGAAAUUGAUAGAAGUAGUGUUUUUAAGCCUAAUUUUCAAAAACCACAAACUCAAAACCAGUGCUUUUUAAUUCCCACGGUGCACUAAAGCACAAUGGCCCUCUGGAGCCUAGGCGCAAGAUGCACAACAAAGCGUGGGCUUUUUUUUUUUUUUGUGAGGUGCACUAUAUAAAAAAAUAAUAUAUAUAUAUAGAUGUGUAUAUACUCAACAAAAACCUUGAUGGAAAGAGAUAAGACUUAAAGAAGAAUAUAUAAAAGAUAGAUAAGGUUCAAAGUGAUGAACAAACCAACUUGGGACAUACCAGAAUUCUGUCUUGGAGGAACAAAGGUGGCUGGCAGCAAAGAAGAAGAGAGAUGAAGGCUGCUGUUUUGGAGUCUUCUGCUCUGUUUUUAGAAGAAAAAACAGAGUUGGUUGCUGGACAUGUGCACUGCAUCACCUUUUCUUUUUUGUUUUUAAUUUUGAUGAAAUGCUAGUGGCGUGGAGACUUGGAGUUGAAAAAGAAGAAUAGAAGAAUAAUAAGACAUGAGGAAUGGCCGAAUGGAGGAUGUUGUUUGGUUAAAUAUUCAUUUCUUCCUUUGAAGAAGAAUCGUAGAGGGGAGAGGUGAAGAGGAGAGAUGAAGAUUAAGAAGAAUGCAGUAUGAUAUUCCUGUCUUUUGAAGAAGAAUCGAAGAGGAGAGGUGAGGAAGAAUCUAAGAAGAGAGGUGAAGAAGAAGAAUUGAAGGAUAGAGGAGAUUGACAAUAUGGAACAUGAUGAGGCAAGCUGUCAAGCUCCCCCUGAGGGUCCCUUUCUGUGCAUCAACAACUGUGGCUUCUUCGGAAGUGCGGCUACUAUGAAUAUGUGUUCCAAGUGCCACAAGGAUUUGAUGUUGAAACAAGAUCAGGCUAAACUGAGUGCUUCAACUCUUGGAAGUAUCAUGAAUGGAUCAUCUAGUUCUAACCAAAAUGAAACCUUUGCCACCGCCAGCGUGGAUGAGCCAGUUAGUUUGAUGGAGCCUAAGAUCACACCAAUGCAGGCAUCGCCCGUGGUUGUUUCUGAUGGGAGCAGUGGAGUGAAGCCAAAGGACAGGCCUAGACGAUGCAACAGUUGCAACAAGCGAGUUGGAUUAAUGGGAUUCGACUGUCGUUGCGGUAACAUCUUCUGUGCUAUUCAUCGUUACUCUGACAAACACAAUUGCCCCUUCGAUUACCGCACAUCUGCACAGGAUGCAAUUGCUAAAGCGAACCCAAUUGUGAAGGCAGAGAAGCUCGAUAAGAUCUAAAGCGCAAAUCAGGCUAAAGGCUGGUUGGAACCCUUGUAAUGUGUUGAUCAUUGUCAUCAUCACCUAGAUGAUUUCUGCUUUGCUGCAUGCAUAUCUUGUAACAUGUUGUGUAUUGUUAUAUUUGGAGGGAGGGUAUGGCAAAAUCGUUGCAUCUCUGCAGUCUGAAGAAAAUGUAGGAAGCAGUAUGUCGGUUUUGGUAUUUUUCUCGUUCUUACAACAGUUUAAUGUUAUCAUCAUAAGCCUGUUACGUGACUGUAUUGUGUCAUAAAGUGUCUUGAGGAAUUCAUAUAUGAAUGCAUGCUGCCCGUGUUUGAUUUGUUUGUAA